AUGGCAGCCGAGGUUGUCCCGCUGCCCCAGCUCAAGCUGCCCUCGGGGCCGAGCCCCAUAACGGCCGAGCAACGCUACUGGCGUUCAUUCAAAAAGCAAAAAUCGCAUACAUCGACUGCGAAUUGGCCCAUUUCGCACAUCAGUUUCCCCGCGUCUCUCGGCACCACCGCCUUGGUUUCGUCGUCGCUCGUCGCUGCUGCUAAGACCAACGACCUUUUCGCCGUCACGGCUGGUCCCCGUGUCGAGAUCUUCUCCAUCCGCAAACGCGAGCCGCUCAAGACUAUUGGUCGCUUCGACAGUGAAGCCCAUUGCGGCGAGAUCCGUCCCGAUGGCAGAGUUCUGGUUGCCGGCGAGGACACUGGCCGGAUGCAGGUGUUUGAUGUCGGUCAGGGCACCCGCGCCGUCAUCCUCAAGACAUGGCAUAUCCAUAAGCAGCCCGUCUGGGUGACCAAGUGGUCGCCCACGGAGCUGACAACUCUGAUGAGCUGUUCCGACGACAAGACUGUCCGCCUCUGGGAUCUUCCCUCCAACGACCCAACCCGCCUCUUUACAGGCCACACUGACUACGUCCGUUGCGGCGCCUUCAUGCCAGGCUCUGCUAACAGCAACCUGCUCGUCUCCGGCUCCUACGACGAGACUGUCCGUGUGUGGGACGCCCGCGCCCCCGGCGGUGCCGUCAUGACCUUCAAACACGCCGAUCCCAUCGAGGAUGUCCUGCCCCUCCCCUCCGGUACAACCCUCCUAGCCGCCUCGGGCAACGCCAUCUCAGUCCUCGACCUCGUCGCUGCCAAACCCCUCCGCCUCAUCACCAACCACCAAAAGACUGUGACCUCGCUCUCCCUGGCCUCUCAAGGCCGCCGCGUCGUCUCCGGCUCUCUCGAUGGCCACGUCAAAGUCUUUGAAACCACCUCCUGGAACGUCGUCGCCGGCGCCAAGUACCCCUCGCCCAUCCUCUCCCUCUCCGUCAUCACCGCCGGCGCUUCCCACGAUGACCGUCAUCUCGCCGUAGGCAUGCAAUCUGGCGUGCUAUCCAUCCGCACACGCCUGUCCGGCCCCGCUGCCGAUCGCGAGCGCGAGCGCGAGCGCGUCGAAGCCGCCAUGGCCAAAGGUCCCGAGGCCAUCGCCAAGCUGGACGCCGCCAAAGCAAAGCGCAAGCGGGCUGCUGUGAGCAACAAGAACAUGGACCUCCUCGGCGAGUCCGCCGACGUGAUCAUCCCCACCGCUGACCCCGGCACGCAUCCCCGCGGCCGUCGUCCUAAGCUUAAACCCUGGCAGAAAGCCUUCCGCCAGGGCCGCUAUGCCGCCGCAGUCGACGACGUGCUCAACACCACCGCGCCAAGCUACGACCCGGUCAUCGCUUUGACCCUCCUCACCGCCCUCCGGCACCGCUCUGCCCUCCGCGAGGCCCUCCAAGGUCGGGACGAGCUAUCCGUAAUCAACAUCCUCCGCUGGGCAGGGAAGUACGUCGCGGAUCCACGAUAUAGGAGUAUCUGCGUGGAUGUGGCGUUCCAUUUAAUCGACCUGUACGCGGAGCACGUGGGCGGGAGCGCCGAGCUGGCGACACAGUUCCAGCAGCUGCUGGCGAAGGUGAAUCGGGAGGUGGAGAAAGCCGAGUUGGCAAUUGUUACGGGGGGCAUGGUGGAGAGUUUGAUGAUGAGUGUGGAGGCUCAAUAG